ACUCUACUUUUCUUUUGUUUAUUAUUAUUUCUUUUGGUUGGAGGUGUUUCAAGACAGUUGUAGCUUCGUUUUCUUUGUCAUUACUCAUUUCCUCCUCAGCUACUCUCUAUUUCUCAUUAUCAUCAUCUAUAAAUGUUAUAUACACACCUAAAGCCCUCCAACUGCAACUAGAUACAACAAACUUCAUAUUCUUUCUCUGAAGAUAUGGCUGCUUUUGAGGGAAGACCGUUGGUGGAGGCAGGGGAACACGAAGAAGAAUUCAAUGAUCAACAAGAGGUUAGUAGUGGAUGUGCGUAUGGAUGCUUUCAGAGUUUCAGGUUGAGAUGGUGGCAGGGUAAUGAAGAAGGUAAGGACCUGCUGGAGCCAAGGGGAGAUUCCUGGGUGAGUAGCAAGUUGAGGAAGGUGAAGGAGGUUUCAGAAGUGAUUGCAGGUCCCAAGUGGAAGACAUUCAUUAGAAAGAUAAGUGGAUAUGGCAAGAAGCAGCAGAAGAACAGGUUUCAAUAUGAUGAACACAGCUAUGCUCUCAACUUCAGUAGUGGGGCUCAGAGUGAAGAUGAUGAUAUGCCUCCCAGUUUCUCAGCUAGGUUUGGUGCUCCUUUCCCCUCUGGGCGUCGCCAGAAUGAACUAUUAUGAGUCGUCCAUGCUGUUUCUGAAGAGAAUUAAUUGCUUAAAUUUGAUCACUUGUGAGUAUUUUACAACUGUAGGAUCAUCAAUCAUUCAUUCUGUAAAAAAAAUAUUCUUUUUCUUCAA